GAAUGAAUUUUCGAUGAAUUAGUGAUUCUUUUGCCUUAAAUUUGAUUCUGUUCUGGAUCGAAGAUUGUCUUUGUUCGGGAUUGUUAGAGCCGAGGCUGGGAUGACCGAAAUUUCUCGAUUCAGAUUUGGAUUUCGGGUAAAGGACCAAAUUCCAGAGCAAAAAUCUUUUGCUUUGUGAUGACCGCGUUUGUGCGUGUCUGAGCCUCCUCUUCGCAUUCAGUUUGAAUCUUCUAAUUCUUUACUGGUGUCGCGCUGCGAUGAUUGUGGAACAAGGUUUUCUUUGAUUAUUUUCAUGUUAGCAGUUUGGGGACGCCAUAUUCCGUGGCUAACAAAAAGAGUGUUUUUCUUUCUUUCUUUCUUUUGACUGACAAAAAUUGUUUUUGCAAUGAUCAAUUUCACCUUAACAAUUGAAUGAAACAGGCCAGCAAUUUGAAAACACGGGGAAAAACAGUUUAAUAAUGGGUUUGAAGAAUUAUCCAAGUUCCAAUCAAAAGAUGUGUGGCGGGAGUCUCAUGUUUUCCCCAAAUUAAGUUUGGGGGUCCCUUCCUAAUCUCGCAAGUGAAAAAUUUAAAAAUUUUAAUUCUUUAUCUUGCCGGAAAAAUUAAAAGAUUAAUAUAGGGCCUACGUGGUUAUCGUUACUUUCACGAAUCGUUGGACCGUUUGACGCCACAACCCACAAAGAAGGAAAUUUCUGAGUUUCCAUUGCGCUCCUCAGCACCUUGAAAUAACGAUUAUCUUCCAACUCUAGGGUUUAGGUUGAUUCGAUUGAUCUCACCAUGGUCUUAACAUCUGCGCAAACCUUUCUACGGUCGCCGCCAUUGAUUCAGCCAUCUCUUCCUUCCGCUACUGUCUCUUCUCAUUGUUUUGCAACCUCGCCUCGUAAAUCACGUGCUUCCUUAGCUGCAGCUAGGUAUCUUUCUCACCACAGGGGUUCAGAUGUGGUUGGAGGAACAAACCGUAUGGUUGCGAGAGCUUCGACCUCGCAAUACAGUGCCAAUAUUGCGGAGGAUGUAGGGGAUGUUAGCAUAUUCACUGCUGCCGGCGAACCCGUCAUGUUCAAAGAUCUCUGGGAUCAAAACGAGGGAAUAGCCGUCGUGGCCCUCUUAAGGCACUUCGGAUGCCCUUGCUGCUGGGAAUUAGCUUCAACCUUAAAAGAAUACAAAUCAAAGUUCGAUUCAGCUGGUGUGAAGCUAAUUGCAGUGGGCGUUGGUGCUCCCAAUAAAGCUCGAAUCCUAGCCGAACGACUGCCAUUCCCAAUGGACUGUCUUUAUGCGGAUCCUGAGUGCAAGGCAUAUAAUCUUUUCGGACUAUACUAUGGUUUUGGCCGCACAUUCUUCAACCCAGCCAGUGCAAAGGUAUUGUCGAGAUUUGAUGCUUUGCGAGAAGCAGUAAAGAACUAUUCGAUUGAAGCCACUCCGGAUGAUAGAAGCGGCGUGCUACAACAGGGGGGAAUGUUUGUAUUCAAAGGGAAGCAGUUGUUGUAUGCGAGGAAGGACGAAGGCACAGGCGACCAUGCCCCAUUGAAUGAUGUUCUUAUUGUCUGCUGCACUGCUCCUGUUGCCUGAGCUCUGUUCCACUGAUUGUUAUGCCUUCCUUCAUCUGCGCCUACACGCGGUGGGAUUUCUCGCCGGCAAUUUUGAACCCAUGCGCCUCGCUGCAUGGGCCUUUAUGUUGUGUAGCUUUUCGAAUGCCCCAUUGUUAAAGGAAUUCCUUUUCGUAGAAAAUAUGAGUUGUCAAAUAUAUAGCCUGUUAAAGACUGGCUGUAUAAUUGUCAAAUGCAAUCUUUUUUCAAGCAUGACUGGUACAUAAAAUGUAAAUAAAGGCAGGAAUCAUUAUACUGCAUUGAGUU